AUGGCACAAGAGGAAACCAAAAUCACCGUAAAGCACACCGCUGCUGAGGAAUUCGUGGUUGCCCUCCUCGAGGCAGCCGGAGUGUCCCAGAAGAACGCCAAGAUCGUCGCUCAAGGACUCGUGCAGGCAGACCUGCGCGGAGUUGAGAGCCAUGGUAUCAACCGCAUCCCAUCCUAUCUGGCGCGGAUCCGAAACGGAGUGCUAGAUCCCAAGGCUGAGCCGGCGCUCACGCAGGUAACACCUGUAGUUGCUCAGGUCGAUGGUAACAAUGGCUUCGGCUUCCCGGCCGCACACCUGGCCAUGGAUACAGCUAUCACCAUGGCUCAGACCUUCGGCAUCGGCAUGGUGAGCGUCAAGCACAGCAACCACUUUGGCAUGUCGGCUUGGAUUGUUCGCCAAGCCGCCGAUGCCGGCAUGAUGAGCCUCGUGUUUACCAACUCGUCUCCUGCCCUGCCCGUCUGGGGUGGCAAGUCCCAGUUGAUGGGUGUUUCUCCCAUCGCCUGCGGAGCCCCCGGUGGCGAGACCUCACUCCCCUUUAUCUUGGACAUGGCACCCUCGGUCGCUGCCCGGGGGAAGAUCUACAAGGCUCUUCGACGGGGCGAGAAGAUCCCGCAGGACUGGGCGUUGGAUGAGGACGGGAAACCGACGGACGAUCCCGCUAAAGCGCUGAAGGGGGUGAUGCUGCCGAUGGGCGGCCCGAAGGGCUCGGCGUUGGCCAUUAUGAUGGACGUGUUCUCCGGUGUCUUGUCUGGGUCUGCGUUUGCAGGAGGCGUUACCGGGCCAUACGACAUGUCAAAGCCAGGCGACGUUGGCCACUUCAUUGUUGCCAUAAAGCCGGACCUUUUUGUGAGCCUUGACGAAUUUAGGCAGCGGAUGGAUACGCUGUACCAGCGCGUCACCGGCUCUGAUAAGAUGGAAGGGGUGGACAGGAUAUACUUUCCUGGGGAGAUUGAGCAGUUGACCGAGAGGAACAGGCUUGAAGAAGGCAUCCCUUUUGUUCAAGCUGAGAUUGAUGCCCUGAAUACAGAGGCGGAGAAACUAUGCGUCCCGAAACUUCAGUAG